UUCCUCGAAUCAGUUCCCUCUGCAGGUCUGUCCCCUCCACCCUGCUGGAAUCGCUGGGCUUGGUGCCAGUGCCCACCCCUUAGGGUUGCCCAGUCUCUGAGCCCCCUCUCCCACCAGGUGCCCCACCUCAACCAGAAUGCCUGGAACAACCUGGAGAAGUACAGCCGGAGUCUGACCCGCACCUACCAAAACGUCUAUGUCUGCACAGGGCCGCUGUUCCUGCCCAAGACGGAGGCCGAUGGGAAGUCCUACGUGAAGUACCAGGUGAUCGGCAAGAACCACGUGGCAGUGCCCACCCACUUCUUCAAGGUUCUGAUCCUGGAGGCAGCAGGCGGGCAGAUCGAACUCCGCUCCUAUGUGAUGCCCAACGCACCCGUGGACGAGGCAAUUCCGCUGGAGCGCUUCCUGGUGCCCAUCGAGAGCAUCGAGCGGGCCUCGGGGCUGCUCUUCGUGCCGAACAUCCUGGCGAGGGCGGGCAGCCUCAAGGCCAUCACUGCGGGCAGCAAGUGAGGGUGGCAGCCCGGCCAGACUGAGGGUGUGGGGCUGGGUUGCAUUAAAGGUGGUUAGUUUUGGA